AGCGAAUUGGCGAGUAUGACGGAGCGUAUGUCGAGGGCACAGCUGAUAGGGUUUAUGGAGAGUUUACAAGGAGAGUGGUGUGGUCGCAGUGAGCGGAGGAAGGUGGUGGACGCCGCCGAAUUCGUGAAAGCUCUGCCAAUUGACUGGAAAAUCGAGCUCGCUUUACGCCGCCGCGCUGGACUGCACUCUAUUUACUGCCGGAGUUAUGUCAGCCCCUCAGGGGAACAUUUUAAGUCAUGCAAGGAUGCUGCAAUAUAUCUGAAAAAUCAAUCCCUAAUAACAGAUGCUCAUUCUGAAGAAGGGCAAAUGAGGCAAACAGAAAACGGUUUUCAUACAGUUCCCACAUUUGAGGUGAAUGGAGUUGAAGAUUCAUCUGUUGUUGAGGUUGAGGAAGAUGUUGACUGGUCAACAACCGGUGAACUCUAUGAUGUUAAAGUUUCAACUCUUAUUGAAUGCUCUCCUUGUGGAAUAGUGUUUCAAGAUAUGCGUGAGUUGGAGCGACACCUGGCGACUUUUCACAAGGAAACCACUCGAAGAUUUGAUCUUCCAAGUGGGACGCGUGCUUUUGAAAAACAUGCUGACAUGGAUCUUGGCAAUGAAGAACAAGAAGAGGUUGAAAUCAUCAAUGAAAGGUUCAAAACACAUUGUACAUGGUGCAACAAAGAGUUCAUAUGUGAGCCGGUUGAUACGGAAACUAUGGAAGAUGCAAGUGGCUUCAUGUGUCAACCAUGCAAAGAUAAACUAUGUGGAGCCUUUGAAAGGAGUUUGUUAAAGUGUUAUAAAGAUUAGCUUUGGUUUUGAGAUAGUUUUUAGUUACAAAUUUGAGGUGAUUUUUAGGUUUUGAGAAGAGGAAAAUUUAUGUUGUUUUUUUUUUUUUUUUCUUUUAGUUAUGUUGAAUUCAAAUCUUACAUUUGUAUAUUGUUCUAUUGAUUCUCAAGGUUUUGUGUCAAUAA